UUUUUAUAAUACGACAGUUUUAUGACUCAAAAUCUCUUCAAAAUAUAAGGAAGUUCAAAACUAUUAUGACCGCUUCAUAAAUAUUAUUAUAGUAAAAAAAUAUUGUUCUGAAAAUAAAUAGUGCACUUUAACAAUCAAAGCAGGACAAUGGAUUCUCUUGGGACUUCACCAGAAGUCACUUACAACUGGGUUGAUAUAACCACUGAUUUCUUUAGUCAUAUUCAAGACUUGCAAUUGGGAGAGCUUCUUCAUGAUGGACAUUUAUUUGGGCUAUUUGAAGCAAUGUCAGCUAUUGAAAUGAUGGACCCAAAGAUGGAUGCAGGAAUGUUGUGCAACAGAGGAAAUCCUAAGCCGCUGAACUUCCAGCAGGCUUUAGCAUGUGGCAAGCUAAAAGUAGAUGAUCUAGAACCUGGUGAAAUAAUUGGUGUGAUUGAUGCGACUAUGGCCUGUAUUGUCUCAUGGUUGGAAGGACAUUCCCUUGCACAAACUGUGCUCACUAAUAUAUAUUUACAUCAACCUCAUUUAAUUGGAAAUAAAACAUUAAAGGCCUAUUGUAUUGCUGUGUACAAAUUACUUGACUGUAUACGGGAUUGUAUUAAUAAAGCUCAAGUAUUUGAGGAGGAAGACUUUUUGCCGAUGUGCUACGGCUACAGACUUGGCUCUAACCCUCAGUCUGGAAGCAAUUAUGACGCCUCACUUGAAGUGACAGAACAGAAGUGUAUUGCUAUGUUGAAAGAGCAGGAAGAGGAUUUGAAUAAAAAGGCUAAAAGCAUUGAUGAUGAGGCAAACAAUGCAUGGGCCGGUGUUGCCGCAAGGAUACGCUUUACGAGAAUGUUUUAUCAAGCACUAUUUCUGAUCACUAAGCGAGAUUCACAAUCCGGGGUAGAUUGUGUUGCAUUAUUGAACGGAUGUUCGGAGACUAUGAAGGUUAUAAUAAAAACAGCUGAAAAAGGCACUCAGCCUGAGGAGAAUUCGGACGCACCAAAUCCGAUGGGCUUCGAGCCGAUGAUCAAUCAACGUCUGCUCCCGCCGACAUUUCCACGUUACACCAAGAUUAAACCAAGAUCCGAAGCCUUGCUGUACUUUGAUGAACUGGUUACGAGACUGCGGCUUGCUUGGAAGAUCACUUCUUGCACUAACUUUCAUGUUGCUCUGGAUUUCUUUAUGGAGUUCAGUCGUCAACGCGCUUGCAUUCUUUCCCGAUCAGCCCUGCAAUUGCUGUACCUCAGUCCAUCGCCUGCGUCGAUGGCCUCACAGACAGUCCACAGUAGCACUUCGGUGCAAGCGAGACCACACCAUCUAUUCAUUGAGAUCCUGAGGGAGUCGGUCAAGAGUUUUGUGAAUCCUGCAAUGCCCACUGCUAAGUCGGGAUCUGUUGGAUCGAUCCAGGUUCGCGAGUACGUGGACAACUUCCUGGCGCGUUGCGUGCGGCCGUUCGCGGUGCUCUUGCAGGUGUGUGGACACAACCGCGCGCGGCAACGAGACAAGCUCGGGUUGUUGUUAGACGAGCUGGCGGCCUUGCAAGAAGAGGCAAAUAACGUGGAUGAAGUAGUAAGCAGUGCCAAUGGCACGGCUACCAGGGCGUGCUUCAACACGUGGAUCCUGUACCACGUGCUGCGGGUCAUGAUCGCAUACCUGCUGUCGGGGUUGGAGCUGGAGCUGUAUAGCGUGCACGAGUACCAUUACAUAUUCUGGUAUUUAUACGAGUUCCUUUAUGGGUGGCUCGUGUCGGCACUGGCUCGAGCAGAGGCUCUGUCUGCAGAGCCCACGAGAAAGACUGAGAAGCGGGGUGGAGCACGCAAGUUGAAGAAGCGAGCAAGACCCAACAUGAGGGAGAGCUUGAUUUGUCAGGUGAUGCAGAACAUGUGCGGGGGCUACUAUAAGGCGCUGGUGGCGUUCAAGCUUCAGGGAAAAAUCCGUCAGCCGAUGAGCCAGUUCGACAACGAGGCAGUCCGCUACAAACACCGGUUUGCGCCACUCGCCGUUAUCUCUCCGCCGCAAGUGCACUACCACGAGUUCUGCGAAAUGACUCAACCAUUGCAGUACGAAAAUCCUGUGUUAUUAUAUGUAGCUGGUUACAAACAUUUCCAGCAAGCAAGGAAUCUUCUAGAGACUAUUACGACGCCUGAUCAAGAGGUACAAGAUUUGCUGAAGGUGGCGAAAACGAAUUUCAUUGUUCUUAAACUGUUGGCCGACGGACAUAAGAAGGAUUCUACGGUGCCGCCAGAUUUUGACUUCUCAGCUCACAGACAUUUUCCAAUCAUUAAAAUCGCAUAGAUAUAUGUUAUUAUCGAAUAAUCUAGUCCAAUCUAUAAGAAUAUUAUAACUCCUAUGUAUGAAUCAAA